UCCCUCGUUGCCUUCUUCUUUCCUUGAAACGCCGCUUUACCACUUCUCUCUUAUGUUCUCAAAUCCUCUUUUGCCUUUUUCAUAAUCCGCAAAUAUCUAAUGGCGCUAAUUAACCCUCACUCAAAACCCUAGAGCAUAUCUUUCUCCUUCGUUUUUGCUUUCAUUUCAUAUCUGAUUAUUAUUUAUUUAAUUCGUGAAGUGGAAUGGAUGGAGUGAGUAGCAGUAGCAACGUCCAAAACGAUGCAUCGACGAGCAGCGGAGCAAGCCAAACGGCAACACAAUCUCAACCAACGCCUCAGCCGGUUGCGGUGCAGAGUGCGAACGCGCCACCGCCUUUCCUGAGCAAGACUUACGAUAUGGUGGAUGAUACUGCCACCGAUGCCGUUGUUUCUUGGAGCCCAACCAAUAAUAGCUUCGUUGUUUGGAACCCGCCGGAGUUCGCUAGGGAUCUUUUGCCCAAGUAUUUUAAGCACAACAACUUCUCGAGCUUUGUCAGGCAACUAAACACUUAUGGUUUCCGGAAGGUUGAUCCAGAUCGUUGGGAAUUUGCAAAUGAGGGAUUUUUAAGAGGGCAGAAACACCUGCUUCGCAACAUAAUCCGGCGAAAGCCUGCCCAUGGUCAUCAACAGACACAGCAAUCACAAGGACAGAGUUCAUCUGUGACUGCCUGUGUUGAGGUUGGUAAAUUUGGGCUCGAGGAAGAGGUAGAGAGGCUUAAGAGAGACAAGAAUGUGCUUAUGCAGGAGCUUGUUAGGCUAAGGCAGCAGCAACAGGCUACUGAUAACCAGAUGCAGAACAUGGUUCAACGUCUUCAGGGAAUGGAGCAGCGACAGCAGCAGAUGAUGUCAUUUUUGGCAAAGGCUAUGCAGAGCCCUGGUUUUUUUGCUCAAUUUGUGCAGCAGCAAAAUGAGAGCAAUAGGCGCAUAACUGAAGCCAAUAAGAAAAGGAGGCUAAAGCAGGAUGUUAUGACUGAUAAUGAGCAUUCCACUGCAUCUGAUGGGCAGAUUGUUAAAUAUCAACCUUUGAUGAAUGAGGCAAAAGCAAUGUUCAUGCAGAUCAUGAAAGGGGGUGCUUCUUCCAGACUAGAUUCCCUUAACAACGAUGAAAAUAUCCUGAUAGGUGACGGUUCAUCAUCGUCUAGUGGAUUGGAUUCAACCCUUGUAUCAGGGGUGACCCUUCAAGAUGUGCCACCAACUUCAGGUAUCUCUGGGCCUUGCCCCUCAGCUGCCAUAUCUGAAAUACAAUCUUCUCCAAAUACAACAUCCUCUGAAAAGAUAACAAUUCCAGAUGUGAGCGCGCUGAUUGGUGUAGAAAAGCCACCAUCCAUGUCUGCUACUCAGACAGAUAUAAUUAUGCCCGAGCUUAGUCAAAUACCGGAAAUGGUCUCAGAAAGCAUUGUUGAUAUUCCUGCGGAAAAAUAUGCAAGGUCUGAAACUGGGAACGGUGGAUUGGAUGAUCCCACUACGUUUGUUGGAAAUGGUCUAGUACCCAUAGAACUUGAUGACAUUGUUUCCGAUCCCGACAUAGAUGCCUUGCUAGAUGGCUCCACAUUUUGGGAUGACCUUCUUUUGUAUAGUCCAGCGCCAGAGGAUAUUGAAUCAACCUCAAUCGUAAAUGAAGCGCAAGGGCAACUGAUGGACGAUGGAUGGGACAAAUCUCAGCAUUUGGAUAAACUUACAGAACAGAUGGGUCUUCUUAGAUCAGAUAACAAGAAGGUCUAAUCUUGUGUUAUAUUUCAUUUAUUUCAACUUAAAACCCAAAAGUUAUGUAAUACUUUUAGUUUGGAACUGGAAAACGAUGAAUCCCUUCAUUGCCUGUGUUGUUCUCUCACAUGUACAUUAUUCUCUGUUUCUGUUGUUCCUCAUAACUGGAAAUUCCCUUUCACUUCACCUCUUGUCGGUCCAA